UCCAUCUUGGGUUCGGCACGGAAGCAGAUGGUCUCUUGCCGGCUGCGUAAUUACGUAGAAAUUUCGGUUUCUAACCAGUUCCUAACUUGUUUUGUUUCUGCCAAAUCUUGAUCCUGAAGCAGAUCGCCUUGGGCAGAUACCAGCAGCUUUACACACUCGGCUCGCAUUCAGCAAAAGCUGUCGUCUCUCGGUCGCCAAUAUGCCUGCUCUAUCAUCCCUCGGACUUUCCCUCCCUCGUCGCCCUCUGUCACUGCGGCACUUUCCACAAUUGGCACCCCGAGCUUCCUCUACCACCGCAAAACCCACUCCCCGAGCGGUCACUAGAGGACCUGUCCCCCGGCGUCCAGUCUUCAAGGAUCCUUCCAAACCGACUGUAUCAAAUUGGCCAUGGCGUCAGGUCAAAGCCGAUACACCACACGGGUUUGAGCUGGAACGGACGCUGUUUGCUCGGCCGCCCGACAUUAAUCCAAGGAUGUUGUCUUUGAUCACUUGUUUGAUGGGCUUGAUGAUGAUGAGCUUUGUAAUCAUGCCCCCAAAGAAAAAGAGAGAUCCUACCCCCGAAGAGAUAGCAGAACUCGAAGCGAAAGCAGCCGAGAGCAACAUUUUCUUCCAGUAUGGCGUCAAAGUUGGCUCAUACAUCUUUCCUUCAGCGAACGCGGUUUUGGGUACCAGCUUUGCGGCCGCGCUCAUCGUGGCGCAUCUUUUUGCCAGGAGAAUUAUCACACGCCUCACUCAGGUCCAAUCCGCUCCCAAUGGCCCCAUCUCCCUGCGCAUAACCACUGUUGGACACCAGGUCUUGGAUGGUACUAUGUUUGCUAUGAAACCUAGAAAAGUAGAAACGAAGGAUUGCAGUGUCUAUUUCCUGGAUCACGAAAACGCCACGACAGUUAGGCUACGUGUUCUUCAACCCAACGGUCUUCCCUAUAGGUGGACACUCGAUCGCUACGCCUAUAGUCUUGAUUUCCGCAGGCUGAAGGACGACUUCAAAGCUGAAGGUCAGGAGAUUGUCCUCUCGGUGCCCAGAUUGGACUACAUCUUCGGAAAGGUUGGGCAAGGCAUGCCCCGGUAUAGUAGCAGGAAGUAGGUUCACGGCAUUGCAUGUAGUUGCAUCAAAUACACCAAUCGGUCACAGCACAUCCUGAGAAGCAUGAAUCUUUAUGGGCAUUAGGGAGCAA